AUGAGAACAGUCCCUCCCAACCCCGCCGUGAGAGCAGUCCCUCUCAACCCCGCCGUGCCAUCUGUCCCUCCCAACCCCGCCGUGAGAGCAGUCCCUCCCAACCCCGCUGUGCUAGCAGUCCAUCCCAACCCCGCCGUGCCAUCAGUCCCUCCCAAUCCCGUCGUGCCAGCAGUCCCACUUAAACCCACCGUGAGAGUUGUCCCUCCCAACCCCGCCGUGCCAGCAGUCCCUCUCAACCCCGCCGUACGAUCAGUCCCUCCCAACCCCGCCGUGAGAGCAGACCCUCCCAACCCCACCGUGCCAUCAGUCCCUCCCAUCGCCGCCGUGAGAGCAGUCCCUCCCAACCCCGUCGUGCCAGCAUUCCCUCCCAACCCCGCCGUGCCAUCAGUCCCUCCCAACCCCGCCGUGCCAUCAGUCCCUCCCGACCCCGCCGUGCCAUCAGUCCCUCCCAACCCCGCCGUGCCAUCAGUCCCUCCAAACCCCGCCGUGAGAGCAGUCCCUCCCAACACCGCCGGGCCAUCAGUCCCUCCCAACGCCGCCGUGAGAGCGGUCCCUCCCAACCCCGCCGUGCCAUUAGUCCCUCCCAACCCCGCCUUGCCAGCAGUCCCUCCCAACCCCGUCGUGCCAUCAGUCCCUCCCAACCCCGCUAAGAGAGCAGUCCCUCCCAACCCUGCCAUGCCAGCAGUCCCUCCCAACACCGCUGUGCCAUCAGUCCCUCCCAACACCGCCGUGCCAGCAGUCCCUCUUAACCCCUCCGUGAGAGCAGACCCUCCCAACCCCGCCAGCAGUCCCUCACAACCCCGCUGCACCAGCAGUCCCUUCCAACCCCGCCCGCCAUCAGUCCCUCCAUACUCCGCCGUGCCAGCAGUCCCUCCCAACCCCGCCGUGCAAUCAGUCCCUCCCAACGCCGCCGUGAGAGCAGUCCCUCCCAACCCCGCCGUGCCAGCAGUCCCUCCCAACCCCGCCGUGCCAUCAGUCCCUCCCAACGCCGCCGUGCCAGCAGUCCCUCCCAACCCCGCCCGUGCCAUCAGUCCCUCCCACUCCGUCGUGAGAGCAGCCCCUCCCAACCCCGCCGUGCCAGCAGUCCCUCCCAACCCCGCAAUGCCAUCAGUCCCUCCCAACCCCGCUGUGCCAGGAGUUCCUCCCAACCCCGUCGGGCCAUCAGUCCCUCCCAACCCCGCCGUGAGAGCAGUCCCUCCCAACCCCGCCGUGCCAGCAGUCCCUCCCAACCCCACCGUGCCAGCAGUCCCUUCCAACCCCGCCGAAAGAGCAGUCCCUCCCAACCCCGCCAUGCCAUCAGACCCUUCCAUCCCCGUCGUGAGAGCAGUCCCUCCCAACCCCGCCGUGCCAUCGGUCCCUCCCAACCCCGCCGUGCCAGAAGUCCCUCCCAACCCCGCCGUGCCAUCAGUCCCUCCCAGCCCCGCUGUGUUAGCAGUCCCUCCCAACCCCGCCGUGCCAUUAGUCCCUUCCAACCCCGCCGUGAGAGCAGUCCCUCCCAACCCCGCCAUGCCAUCAGUCCCUCCCAACCUCGCCGUACGAUCAGUCCAUCCCAACCCUGCCGUGAGAGCAGUCCCUCCCAACCCCGCCGUACCAUCUGUCCCUCCCAAUGCCGUCGUGAGAGCAAUCCCUCCCAACCCUGCCGUGCCAUCAGUCCCUCCCAACCGCGCCGUGAGAGCAGUCUCUCCCAACCCCGCCGUGCUAGCAGUCCCUCCCAACCCCACCGUGCCAUCAGUCCCUCCCAACCCCGCCGUGAGAGCAGUCCCUCCCAGCCCCGCCAUGCCAGUAGUCCCUCCCAACCCCGCCGUGCCAUCAGUCUCUCCCAACCCCGCCCUGAGAGUAGUCCCUCCCAACCCCGCCGUACCAUCAGUCCCUCCCAACCCCGCCGUGAGAGCAGUCCCUCCCAACCCCGCCGUGAGACCAGUCCCUCCCAACCCCGCCGUGAGAGCAGUCCCUCCCAACCCCGCCGUCCCUCCCAACCACGCUGUGAGAGCAGUCCCUCCCAACCUAGCCGUGCCAGCAGUCCCUCCCAACCCCGCCGUGCCAUCUGUCCCUCCCAACCCCGCCAUGCCAGCAUUCCCUCCCAACCCCGCCGUAAGAGCAGUCCCUCCCAACCCCGCCAUAAGAGCAGUCCCUCCCAACCCCACCGUGAGUGCAGUCCCUCCCAACCCCGCCCUGCCAGCAGUCCCUCCCAACCUCGCCGUGCCAUCAGUCCCUCCCAACCCCGCCGUGAGACUAGUCUCUCCCGACCCCGCCGUGCCAUCAGUCCCUCCCAACCCCGCCGUGGGAGCAGUCCCUCCCAGCUUCACCGUGCUAUUAGUCACUCCCAACCCCGCCCUGCCAAAUCCCUCCCAACCCCGCCGUGAGAGCAGUCCCUCCCAACCCCACCGUGAGACCAGUCCCUCCCAACCCCGCCCCCCUCCCAGCCCCGCCGUGCCAGCAGUCCCUCCCAACCCUGCCGUGCCAUCAGUCCCUCCCAACCCCGCCGUGCCAGCAUUCCCUCCCAACCCCGCCGUGAGAGCAAUCCCUCCCAACCCCGCCAUGAGAGCACGACAACCGCUGCUGCCAGCGUCAUCUCCAGCGGCGGUCGCCUGCACCAUCGCCAACCACGCUCCCCGUCCGCACCCUGUUCGUGCAUCCUGUCCGCAUCCCACCCGCCCUCCCGUCGACUUCGCAGCUGCUGUGAAGGGAGUGGCGGAAGUGGCGGGAGUGGCGAGAGAAGCUGCGUCAUUCAUCUGCUCGCGCCAGACCGCUCGCACCCUGCCGCCCGCACGCACUUCACCGCCCGUUUCUGCCCCGCUCGCUCGAAGGCCCCACGGGCCCUGCUCGUCACCCAACGCUGCGGCUGGUCGCGUGUGCAGCGACGGUCGCGGUUGGGGGAAGGGGGGGGGGGGAGAGAGAGGGAAACGCAAAGGGCGUGGCGGCGGACCGCCAACCAACUCGCCAACCGUCCGCGCAUAUCCCCCGUUCUCUCGUCAGAACCCGCACCCAGCGACCAUCCCGUCGUCCCGCCUCGUCCUUGCCCCACCGUCAGAUCCCGCGCCGUUUCCAUAUGAGGGGGAGUUGGUGGGGUGUUGGCCCGUGGGGGACGGCUGGGGGAGGGGGAGUGGCGGGGUUGGCGUCCCUCCCAAUCCCGCCCUGCCAGCAGUCCCUCUCAACCUUGCCGUGCCAUCAGUCCCUCCCAACCCCGCCGUGAGACUAGUCUCUCCCAACCCCGCCGUGCCAUCAGUCCCUCCCAACCCCACUCCCCGCCGUGCGAGCACUCCCUCCCAACCCCGCCGUGCUAUUAGUCACUCCCAACCCCGCCCUGCCAAAGUCCCUCCCAACCCCGCCGUGCCAUCAGUCCCUCCCAACUCCGCCGUGAGAGCAGUCCCUCCCAACCCCACCGUGAGAGCAGUCCCUCCCAACCGCGCGGUGAGAGCAGUCCCUCCCAACCCCGCCGUGCCAGCAGUCCCUCCCAACCCCGCCGUACCAUCAGUCCCUCCCAACCCCGCCGUGCCAGCAUUCCCUCCCAACCCCGCCGUGAGAGCAGUCCCUUCCAACCCCGCCAUGAGAGCAGUCCCUCCCAACCCCACCGUGAGUGCAGUCCCUCCCAACCCCGCCCUGCCAGCAAUCCCUCCCAACCUCGCCGUGCCAUCAGUCCCUCCCAACCCCACCGUGAGACUAGUCUCUCCCAACCCCGCCGUGCCAUCAGUCCCUCCCAACCCCGCCGUGGGAGCAGUCCCUCCCAGCCCCGCCGUGAGAGCAGUCCCUCCCAACCCCGCCGUGCUAUUAGUCACUCCCAACCCCGCCCUCAAUCCCUCCCAACCCCGCCGUGAGAGCAGUCCCUCCCAACCCCGCCGUUCUAUCAGUCCCUCCCAACCCCGCCGUGCCAUUAGUCUCUCCCAACCCCAUCGUGCCAUCAGUCCCUCCCAACCCCGCCGUGAGAGCGGUCCCUCCCAACCCUGCCGUGCCAGCAGUCCCUCCCAACACCGCUGUGCCAUCAGUCCCUCCCAACCCCGCCGUGCCAUCAGUCCUCCCAACCCCGCCGUGGGAGCAGUCCCUCCCAACCUCGCCGUGAGAGCAGUCCCUCCCAACCCCGCCGUGCCAGCAGUCUCUCCCAGCCCUGUCGUGCCAGCACCCCCGGCGGCUCCCUCGCAGGAGAUGCUUCCGACUGGAAUGGCGUGGGGGGUCGCAGCUGCCCACCCAGGAGCUGCUUCCGACUGGACCUCGUCGCACGCACCGACGGGCAGCGACAAGGUCGAUGGAGACGCGGAAGCACCGACGGUGGAGAAAUACCCCGGGGUGGUGUCCAAGAAGGAUCCUAAUGGUCCUGGUGUUGUACUAGGACUGUACGUGGUCGUGCAGGUCACGGCCACUGAAAGAGAGAGGGUGGUGCGGGUCGCGGCCGCCGAAGGAAGGAGGCUCGCCUCCUCCCGCUGCUCGCCCGUAGCCUUCGUCUCCCCGUCCACGCUCCACUCAACGUGUGCCCGACCUCCACCCAGGCUGCGAAGAGAGCAUCUUGUCUGCGCAUGUGCCGGGCCCGACCGCACUCCGUCCCCAGGGGUCGCGUCUCCAUCGGGCCUAGCCCAUCCCCGGACCCAGAGGGCCGCGUUUCAACUGCAUGCGUCGGCGAGACCCUGGAAGAGUGGGGGGGCUCUGACGGCGCUCUUCCGCGCAACUAUGCUGCGCCAUGCCGGACAGGGCACUGCGUGGACCGUGCCUGGGAUGGAAGGUGCCGGAGGGGAGUGCGAGGCGGCGAGUGGCGGCGGCCCAGCGGGAAGCCGCGCAGAGGAGCAGCAUGCGGCUGACGCGGGUCCCGGCAGGGGCGCCAAGGAGGGGCGGUCGACUGCCGCCAUUUGA